AAGUUUGCUGUGACUUUUAACUAAAAAUCAUUUUAUUUAUAGUUUUUUGUUAAUUUAUUUGUGCUAAACAUAUAUUUGAUGGCUUUUCCUACACUAGGAGCACAACAAGAAACAAAUCGUAAAAUUCUGGAAGAUUUACAAUUAAAACGACAACUUUUACAAAAAGGCGUUAAUCCAGUGGCGGAUAUUAAUCUAGGUACCGGUCUCUCUACACCUCUCAACCAGAUGCCCACUACACAGUUGUUGGGUCAACCAACGGAUUUUCCGCAGACCAGCAGUGCCAUAACAGUGCCACGCUCAGUCUUUAAUCCUACAAGUGCCACCACAUUGGGCUAUUUUAUUAGCCAGGACUCGCAUUACGGCAACUCCUUCAUACCGGUCUUACCCCGUUUGGAUCCCGUACCUGCCAAUCAUACCGCUAAAUAGGGUUAACUGCAAAAAACAUCUUUACAAUUUUCUUCUAAUUAUUCUAAAGUAGUGUGUAAAUUUUCAAAAAUGGCUCGUAUGAGGAUGAAAAAAUUGGAGGAAUAUUUGUCGGGAGUAGAUGGUUUUGAGAAGCCCAAAAUAAAAUUGGAACAAUAUCCUACACCGCCACAUAUAGCUAGCUGUGUUUUAUAUAAUAUACAAGCUCAAUUUGAGGACUUGGAAGGUAAAUUAGUGGGAGAUCUUGGUGCUGGCUGUGGCAUGUUAAGCAUAGGUUCAUUUCUUUUGGGUGCUCAACUGACGGUAGGCUUUGAAUUGGAUCCGGAUGCUAUAGAUGUUUUUCGUUAUAAUGUUUCGGAAAUGGAACUGCCCGCUAUAGAUUGUGUACAGGCAAAUGUUUUACAAUUGCCCGGCACUAAAUGGGAAAAUUGUUUUGAUACUGUUGUGACUAAUCCACCAUUUGGUACGAAAAAUAAUGUUGGCAUGGAUAUGCGUUUCAUAGAAACUGGCAUGCAUUUGGCCACUACGGCUGUAUACUCAUUACAUAAAACUUCAACUAGGGACUACAUACUUAAAAAAUCCAAAGAAUGGAAUGUCAAGGGACAAGUCGUUGCCGAACUUAAAUAUAACAUUGAAGCCAGCUAUAAAUUUCAUAAAAACAAAUCUGUAGAUAUUGAAGUUGAUUUUUGGCGUUUCGAUGUAACCGAUAAGGAAAUCUAGCUGUAAUUUUGUUAUAUAGAAAAAGUCUCUACAACUAAAUAUAAUUCCAGAAAAAGAAAAUUUAUUUUAAAAAUUUACAAAAAACAUAAAAAUUAAAAACCUAUAAAGAAUGC